CGUACCUGACUGCUUACCCACACAGGCACAACAAAUCAAUCGCAACAAACACGGCAAGCUUUAAUCAAACUUUAAACUCUCAGCUAUGCUGUUCUCCUGCUGCUUUUCUUCCACUCAGCGUGCUUGAAUUAAGUUUACUGACUGCCCACAUUUAAUAGGGUUGCCACAGAAAAACACUUUGCCCAGUAUACAGGCCAAGGAAACAAACAAGGAUAAUAAAAAGAAGAGACUGAACAACAAUAGAUAGAGCCAGGAGGAGGGGGCUAAAGAUCAAGCUGGAAAUAUGGAACCACUUACGCCUUGAGAGCGCACCCUAUAAAGGGUUAAAGAUGGCUACGGGAUAAGUGGAGCUCGUUUAUCGCAAAUUUGACAGUGGUAGUUAAAUGGUGAGUUUUCCCUCUGAGCUGCCAGUCUGGGAAAGCAGACAAGGCUCUCUGCUCUCCUCACCUCCGGUCUUUCCCCACUCUCCCAUGCUCUCCUUUUGUUGUUUAUGGCUGCCUGUCUCCUCAUCUUAGCCUUUAAAUCCUCCUCGUGAAGCUGGACAAAAGGAGAAGAGGAUUUUCUCAUCUGUCUCUGCUCUCUUCUCGCACCAUUACACUCUCUAUUUUUCAUCGCUGCUUUGGGCCUGCAAGACUAUCUUCUCCACUUCAUCGCCAUCCAUCCCAUCCUCUUUUAACCCCUUUUCCCCCUCCUUGUCUCUUUCUGUCCCUCGCUGUGGAACUAAAAUCUUCAACCUGCCACCCCUGGAGUGCUCGCAGAUGUCCACAGCCUGGCGCUGAAGCGGGCACUUGCCAGUAGCCCAGAUGCAUUUGCGACUCGUUGCCAUUGUGAUGUCCUUCCUAUGCGAGGUGAUCAAAAUGGGGUCUGGCGUGGUGCAGAAGCAAAGCGCUCACAGAGAGACAUCAGAGGACUGUCGGAGCUGUCUGGAGUGUUCCCGUGACAACGGCUGUGUGCGUUGCCCCGAGCGACUCUUCUUGUUGCUGCAUAGGGAGGGGAUGUCUCACCAUGGAACUUGUCUCCACGCCUGCCCCGCUGGACACUACGGACAGAGAGGAAAGGACAUCAACCGCUGCAUGAAGUGUCGGUCUUUGGACUGUGAGCACUGUUUCAGCCGGGACUUCUGCACCAAGUGUAAGCCCGGCUUCCAGCUGUACAAAGGCAAGUGUCUGACCCGCUGCCCAGGAGGAACCUUCGCCCACCAGACAGACUGCGUCGAGGACUGUCUCCUGGCUCCGUUGGGAGAGUGGAGCGACUGGAGCAUCUGUUUGCGUGACGGCGUCCCCUGCGGCUUCAGGUGGGGCAAGCAGACCAGGACCCGGGGGCGCGUGCAGUCCGGGAGAGUGCUGGAAGAGAAAGCGGCAUCAUUUUGCCCGUCCCACAGCGAGACACAGAGGUGCAGGAUGAAGAAAAAGUGUCCUACAGAAAGAAGAACGAAUAAAAAAGGAGGAUUUGGAAGGAAGAAGGAGAGAAAACAACAGCGGCUCGCCAACGACAACGUCGGCAACUCGCCGAACGGAACCGCAGACUGGAGGGACGAGACGGACGCACAGCUCAACGCCACACCUGACACGUGUUGGAAUAUGAGUCGGCCGACGUCAGCGGGAGCUUUGUAACCUGAGAGCACGUCAGUGUUUCUGUUCAGCUUGUACAAUCUUUAUUAACUCGCACUGCCAUUCACCACAAUCUUGUUUACUGGAAAAAUUAACAAAUAAGUUGAUAAUAUGACUAAGAAAUUCUUAGGCUGUGUUCACACUUGGCGUCUUUUUUGACAAGAAAAAGUUGACUAGGGCGCUUUUGUAGUAAAAAAAAAAAAGAAAAAGUAGCAGCAAAGGUUUCAAAAAGCAGCCGAGAGCGUCUUUUGUUGCUAUAACAACAGCUACUGUUACAGUAUCCUAGAGUUCUAUGUGGAGCGGUGCUAACGUUAGAUAAAACAAAGCGGUGGAGCGAGCUAGAAAAAGAACAGAGAGAGAGAGCAGUGCUGCUAACGUUACAUAAAACAAAGCGAGUUCCCUGUACAGAGAGCACCUGGUGAUAUCAUAUAACCCCCUGUGCUCCGACUCCAUUUUUUCGGAAACGAUAGGUCUCGCUACUCCGCUUGUCACUGGUCGGCUGUCAAAUACAAUCCUCCAAAUAGUCCCAGAAAUUCCAGCAACUACGAGAUUAAAGGUGCCCUGUGGACAUUUCUUGUAAACAAAGUUUCUGUUUGCAUUCAGUGUUUCUCACUUAGACACAUAUAAUAAGUAAUAAUAAUAAUAAUAAUAUCGUCACAUUCGAUGCUAAUCUAAAACUCUGCCUCUGGUGUGAUGUCACCUGCAGAUGACUAUUAGGUGCAGCAAAUGCAGUAUAUAUCUAAUUUAAAAAUAACGAUUCAGUUAAAGAUGAUAGGCUUCUGAUGUGCAGUUAGUGAACCGUUUGUGAAUGU